UCUGAUUGGGGCGUCUGCCUGCCCCUCACAGGGCCUCGGCCAAUCGGGUGCUUUUGUCCUUCUUACUCGCGUCAUUUGCGUUAGCUGUAGUGCUACUUUCCAACAUGUCGGCUGUGUGUGUGCUCCCCAUGUGUCUGCGGGCGAGCCGGGGCCUCCUCCGGCUCAGGAGCGCGGCGGCGGGUGCCUCCGCCCCAGCCAUGGUGGACGUCAUCCGGACACUGUCCACGGACAAGCCGCCGGCCGCAGCGGGCAGUGCGACGGGCGGGUUAGCUCAGGCGAUCCUCCAGGAGAGACUCCAGCAGCAACAGCAGCCGACUCAGGGUCAGCCUCCUCCAGAGGGAGGGGAGGGCGAGAGGGAGGGCGAGAAGGCAGAGGACAGGAAGCAGAAGGAGAACACGGCCUACGCCAAGAAGAUGGUGCUACGGUUGGCCGGAUUCAUGGGAGUCGGCGGCGCGGUCGCCAUCGUUUAUAUAUUCGGCACAAAUUCGGUGGAUGAACAAGGAAACACGAUUCCAGACGAGUUCGACAAAGACCCUCCGGUUAUCCAACAGUUACGAAGAACCUACAAAUACUUUAAGGACUACAGACAGAUGAUCAUCGAGCCCACGAGCCCGAAGCUGCUCCCCGACCCUCUGAAGGAGCCGUACUACCAGCCUCCUUACACGCUGGUGCUGGAGCUCACAGACGUCCUGCUGCACCCGGAGUGGUCGUUGGCAACAGGUUGGCGCUUUAAGAAACGUCCGGGCAUCGAUUACCUGUUCCAGCAGGUGGCGCCGCUCUACGAGAUCGUCGUCUUCACCGCAGAGACCGGCAUGACGGCGUAUCCUCUGAUCGACAGCAUCGACCCUCAGGGUUUCGUCAUGUACCGUCUCUUCAGAGACGCAACGCGUUACGUGGAGGGACAUCAUAUCAAGGAUGUGUCGUGUCUGAACCGCGACAGCAGUAAGGUCAUCGUGGUGGACUGUAAGCGGGAGGCGUUCAGCCUGCAGCCUUUCAACGGCCUGGCUCUGAAGAAAUGGGACGGAAACUCUGAGGACCGAACGCUCUACGACCUCGCCAACUUCCUCAAGACCAUCGCUAUGAGCGGCGUGGACGACGUGCGUUCGGUGUUGGAGAACUACGCGCUGGAGGAAGACCCCAUCGAGGCCUUCAAGCGCCGACAGGCUCAGCUGGCACAGGAGGAGGAGCAGCGUCUGUCCGAGCUCUCCCAGCAGAAGAAACAGGGACUCUCGAUCGGCUCCAUCGCCUCGCGGUUUUGGCGCUCCAAGCAGCAAUGAGCCCCACCCCCUCCCCUGCUCGCUUUCCACCUAUCACUCGUCCAAGGUGAGGUGAGAGAGAGGAGGAGAGAGACCCGUGUGCUGCAGGCGAAUGGUCUCCGCCGUCACGGACGUCUCAGUGGGCGGGGCUGUUGCGCUGGACCGGAGCUAGGACUUUAACUGGCCUUGCACUUCCUGGUUUUUGUGGAGGUGGGGCCUCAUCUUUGUGACACCUGAUGCAUUUUUAAGCUUCUGAUGGAGAGGAUCCAGGUCGGUCUAAACUCUGGUUGCUGGUGGUUGGAGGCUGAUCGGGAAUCAGCGCUGCCGUCGCCACUCCAGCUCCAGUCGCAUCGCCGCUCACUGGAUCUGACCUGAGAUCAGCUGUCAUCUGCCACACUUUGAGAAUGUGUAUUUUAUUUUCUGUUCCUGUGUGUGUGUCUCAGACUGUGCUGUUGGAGGCGAACGUCACAUCAUGAAUAUUGUUUAUAACGAUGCAAAUAAACGAUAAGUAGCAUUUA